AUGAUCUCAACCAAAGCGGUUUAAAGACUUUCAACUAUUUCAAAUCAUUUCUGCGCUUAAUAGUCCAAGCAAGGAAGCCAAGUUUUGAUUGGAGAUGAAACCCAGAAAUAUCCUGAAAUUUUAGACCACAAGCCACAUUUAAAGAUUAAGCUAGACUAUGCAAACAAAUAGGGAUGGGGAUACGCUGAUACUGAGUACAUUCAUGACGAGGCAACUGGAUAUCUCAAACUAACUGGUAUAUCAUUGUUUGAGUAAAAUGAAAUAGGUUACAGAUACUAGUACAGUGAGAGAUGGAUGCCACAUUUCAAGAUUUGGGCUAUUAAUACAGUAGGAAUUGAUCUAAACAAGAAAACUGAGAAGUAAAAGGACAUGCAAGUCCACGGUCCUCACUUUAAUCACGAAUUCUUGGCUGAUUUAGGUGAUCAAGGCUUCUCAAGAAGAUCCUUUUUGAAAUGGGAGAGAAUUAUGCAUUCUCAUGGAGAAAGUCUAAAGGAAGUAUAUGCCCUUAGACACGGUACAUUUGAGAGAGUAGUAGAUGUAGUAAUCUAUCCUGAUACUCAUGAACAAUGCGAGAAAUUAGUUCAACUUGCCAAUAAACAUAACGUCGUGCUUGUACCGUUCGGAGGUGGCACUAAUGUAACGAAUUCAUUGCUUUUGUCCCCAAAAGAAAAAAGAAUGAUUGUCUCAGUUGACAUGUCCAGACUUAAUAAAAUUAAGUGGGUCGAUAAGGUCAACAACACUGCUUGCAUUGAGGCUGGUAUAAUUGGAGCAGACUUAGAGAGAGAACUCAAGAACUAUGGUGUUGUUCUUGGGCAUGAACCUGAUUCUAUCGAAUUUUCUACUCUUGGAGGAUGGAUAUCAACUAGAGCUAGUGGAAUGAAAAAAAAUGUUUAUGGAAACAUCGAGGAUAUAGUUUAAAAUGUCAAAUUUGUUACUUCAAAGGGAACAUACACUAAACUGAGUGACUGGCCAAGAAUCUCAAAUGGUCCAGAUCUCAAUCAUAUUGUAAUGGGACAUGAAGGAAAUUUCGGAAUUGUUACAGAAGCAAUUUUAAGAAUAAGAAAAAUUCCAGAGGUAAAGAGAUACGGAUCAAUCAUCUUCCCAGACUUUGAGAUUGGGGUAAGAUUUAUGGAUGAAAUGUCAAGAACAAGAUUGUGGCCAGCCUCAAUCAGACUUGUUGACAACCUUCAGUUUUAAUUCAGUCAAGCUUUGAAAAUAAAGAAUGAUAGCAGGAGUCAAGACUAUAUUGAUGCCAUUAAGAAGUUCUACGUUCUUAAUAUUAAGGGAUUCGAUCCAAACAGAAUGUGCGCAUGCACUCUUGCAUUCGAAGGUGGUAAAGAUGAAGUUGCUGCAUAAGAAAAGAAUGUAUAUAAGAUUGCUAAGAAAUACAAAGGUAUGAUAGCAGGAGAGGAAAAUGGUAUCAGAGGUUAUUCUCUUACAUUUAUGAUUGCAUACAUUAGAGAUUUUGCUUGCACCUACAGUUUCGUUGCUGAAUCAAUGGAAACAUCAUGCCCAUGGAGUAAGGUUGGUUCUUUGUGUCAAAAUACAAAGGAGAGACUCUUCUCAGCUUGCAGAGCUAGAGGAAUUCCAUAAAAUAAGAUUUUUGCCUCAUUCAGAGUCACUUAACUCUAUGAAACUGGAGCUGCUGUUUACAUUUACUUCGGCUUUUCUUAUGGAGAUAUGGAUGUUAAUAAGGUUGUAGCACUAUAUGAGGAUGUUGAAAAUGAAGCUAGAGAAGAAAUCAUGAAAAACGGUGGAAGUAUUUCCCAUCAUCAUGGUAUUGGAAAGAUCAGAAAGAGAUUCGCUGACAAGACUCUCCCACCAAUGGCUCUCCAAUUCAUGCAAGAUAUUAAAGAAUCACUUGACCCUAAGAAUGUUUUUGGUAUUAAUAAUACACUUUACAGAUCUGAGGAAGAGAGAAGAGAAGAUAUCGAAGGUCAUCAUUGA